UGUAGCCAUUCAGCAGGCUGGCGCCGCAGAGAGCGCAUUGAGUCAGACUCUGCAGCGCGUCUAUUCACAUCGAGGAGAGAAGCGGACAAGAGGGGGAAGUAGGCUGCAUCCGCAAGGCAGAAGCAGGCGAACUGAACCCGCAACGGUCCAAAUAAAGGACCAUCCCAACUAUUCCCCAUCCUAACAAUCUGGAUUUCCAAAAGAGAAAAGUGGAAAAGCGGCUGCUAUCCUAUCCGUGGAGUUAUAUAAGAAUAGAGGAAGCGUCAGCGCCGUUGCAGGGUUGGUGUGACUCAUUGAUAAAUAACUCAGGCUCUUCGAGCAGAUGCAUGAAUGAGCGCCAGUGAAGACAAUCCGCAGUGGGGAAAUCUGUGAGGACUCACGAUCUUACUGAUCUUUUCGUCCCAGAUUUCACGGGGACACCGAAGACAUUUUAAAGUGAGAAUUUCAUAGCCAGAUUCCACAUUUUUACUCUUUUUGUGUUGUGCAGUUCAGGGCCCUCCAAGCAACGAAUCGGACUGAAAAAGAAGAAGAAAAUAGCGCGUCCGCAGCCAGGAAGCUCCCCCAGCUUUUUCCAAACGUUUUCUACUCCUGCUUAUAAAUGCUUGACAAGCUCAAGCCCGUCGUCCAGCUCGACUCGGUAAUGGCGAUCAGCAAGACGGUGGGCUGGCUCCGAGAGCAGCUGGAGACGCGCAGGGACGGCCUGCUUGUGAUGGACUGCCGGGCCCAGGAGCUCUAUGAGUCGUCGCACGUCGAGACGGCAAUCAACGUGGCCAUACCGAGCCUCAUGCUCCGCCGGCUCAAGAAAGGAAACCUGCCCGUGCGGUCGUUACUCUCCAAUGGGGAGGACCGGGAGAGGUUCGUGCGUCGGUGCAAGACGGACACCAUCGUGUUGUACGACGAGUACAGCCGUGAAUGGAACGAGAAUGUGGACGGAGGAUCCGUGUUGGGUUUAUUGCUGAGGAAAAUGAAGGAUGAGGGCUACAAGGCCUUUUAUCUGGAGGGUGGGUUCUGUAAGUUCCAGGCAGAGUUUCCAGCUCUGUGCGAAACCAACCUGGACGGCUCCCCCAACAGCAGCAGCUCCCCUACGGCUCAGGUUCUGGGCCUCGGCGGGCUGCGGAUCAGCUCCGACUCCUCGGACAUUGAGUCGGACAUCGACCGUGACCCCAGCAGUGCCACGGACUCGGACGGCAGCCCUCUGUCCAAUCCGCAGCCGUCCUUCCCGGUGGAGAUCCUGCCGCAUCUCUACCUAGGCUGCGCCAAGGACUCCACCAACCUGGACGUGCUGGAGGAGUACGGCAUCAAAUACAUCCUCAAUGUGACCCCGAACCUCCCCAACCUCUUCGAGAACGCGGGGGAGUUUAAAUACAAGCAGAUCCCCAUUUCGGAUCACUGGAGCCAGAAUCUCUCGCAGUUCUUUCCAGAGGCCAUCAGUUUUAUUGAUGAAGCUCGAGGUCAGAAAUGUGGCGUUCUGGUUCACUGCUUGGCCGGCAUCAGCCGCUCCGUGACCGUGACGGUGGCCUACCUGAUGCAGAAGCUCAACCUGUCCAUGAAUGAUGCUUACGACAUCGUUAAGAUGAAAAAAUCCAACAUCUCGCCCAACUUCAACUUCAUGGGGCAGCUCCUGGACUUUGAGCGCACUCUGGGCCUGAAGAGCCCGUGUGACAACCGCAUGGCACCACCUAGCCAACAGCUCUACUUUACCACCCCGACCAACCACAACGUCUUCCAGCUGGACCCCCUGCAGUCCACGUGAGGCCCCCUCUGUAGUUACCUCUUUUUCUCACCGGAGGCUUAAGAGGGCCUCCCGCUGAAAAAAGUUGCAAAAAGUUUUCUCUUGUUUUCGUCGUCUGCUGUGCGACCUCUGGCUCUUGACGUUUCUGAUGCAGCUGGUUUUAGGGAGACAGCUGCUGAGCGUGGUUACUGGAGGGCCGAAGCAGUCUGGCAGACACACAGCUGCUGUUUGACUAAAUAAGAAGAGACACACUUAAAGAGAGCAGAUACUUUCUACAAUCAAAUUUUGCUGUCUGACUUCUAAAGUCUUUUCUUCAUUUUUUGGGGUUUUGUAUCUGAGGAAGCGUAAGAUGAUUUUUUUUUUUUUGGACUUUCUUCAAAGUUCCUAGGCUGGUGUGCCAAAGAGACAUGGUUGUUCAAUCUGGACUGAUGAUUUAAAAACUCUUUUGUAUGUUUUGUUUUGGGGUGUAGCACGGCUUACCUCCAUGACUUCAGGAUGCGUUGUGUCCUUCAUCUUCUGUGAAGACUUGCCUGUGUAGGGUCGGAGCACCCUGGCUUUUGAAGGCACACCAUACAUAUAUAUAUAUCUAUAUAUAUUGGACUCAAUUUUACACUUGUGGAGUCUUUUCAAACAUUUAUACAUUGUGUAUAUAUCUUAAUAUAAAAGACGGUAAAAGCCUUGCUGUAGUACAUACCCGUUGGAAGUGGGUACUUAAGACUCUGUGUUUCUUAUUGUAGUUUUAUGUAAACAAACAAACUGCAUAUUGAUCAUUAUGUUAAAGUUUAUAAUGCCAAAAAUCAGUAGGCUUUCUAAGAAUUGUGCAAAAAUGUAUACAUGUGUAAUAUAUAUAUAUAUAUAUAUAUAUAUAUAUAUAUAUAUAUAUAUAUAUAUAUAUAUAUGUAUAUAUAUAUAUAUAUAUAUAUAUAUAUGUAUAUAUCAUAUACAUACAUAUGAGUGUGUAUGUGUGUGUGUGUUGAAUAAUUGCUUUAUGUGUGAAUUCAGCCGAUCGGCCUUGUUUUUGCACCCGCCCUCUCACAAAUAAGUCACCUUGGUUAUUUGCCUUACUUGCGCUCACAGGGUUUGUGUUGCACAUUGGCCUUCAGAGAGAAGUUCACAAUUUUUAGAACUCUAUGCCAUUGAAUAUUUUUUGGCUUUCAGACACACACACACACACACACACAAAAAAACAAAAACAAACAAAAAAAAAACCUGAAUUUGGAGCAGUUAUGGUUUUGGCACCAUGCCACACGUAGUUGAAGCUAAGCUGUAAUGUGUGGCCUGGAUCUCUGAGGGGUAAUGUGAGUAAUCCUGACCUGUGCACAAGGGUUAAAACUCUGACUUGUGGGCAAAGCUCCCAGCUUUGCUCACCUCACCUCUUCAGGGAAAAGUCUUUGAAAUGCAGUUUUUAUUUGUAAAGAUGAGAGAAACAGAAUCCAGAACUUAGGAGGGUUGUGUCGUGCCCCCCUUUCCCAAUUUCCUGAGAGAAGGCCUCUUUCAGGGGGAAGCCAUCUUGAUGAACUCAGCCCACCCCUCCAAACUCGUCUCUUACGAAUGUAAAGAAAAGAUAAGUUAUUAAUAAAUUGCUAUUUUGUCUACA